CCGGCGGCGGGCGCCCGGUGUCGGGGCUGCGGCGCCCAGGAGAGGCCCCGGCUCCGGCCCGGCCCGGCCCCGCGGCCUGCUCAGGUGAGCCCGGCCCGGACCGACUGGGGUCGGGGCCCUCCGCGGACGGAGACACCGGCGGCGGCGGCGGCGGCAGUAGAAAUGAUGGAAGAGUUGCAUAGCCUGGACCCCCGACGGCAGGAACUCUUAGAGGCCCGGUUUACUGGAGUAGGUGUGGCCAAGGGGCCACUCAAUAGCGAGUCUUCAAACCAGAGUUUAUGCAGUGUGGGGUCCCUGAGUGAUAAGGAACUAGAGACCCCGGAGAAAAAGCAGAAUGAUCAGCGGAACCGGAAAAGGAAAGCAGAGCCGUACGAGACGAGUCAAGGGAAAGGCACUUCUAGGGGACAUAAAAUUAGCGAUUACUUUGAGUUUGCCGGGGGCAGCGGGCCAGGAACCAGCCCUGGCCGAAGCGUUCCACCUGUUGCUAGGUCCUCACCGCAACAUUCCUUGUCCAACCCUCUACCGCGGAGGGGAGAGCAGCCGCUUUACGCUCUAGAUGGCAGCACGGCCAAGGAGGUGCAGGAGGAGCACUCCGCUCUGCCCACGCUGAUGUCAGUGAUGCUGGCGAAACCCCGGCUGGACACUGAGCAGCUGGCACAGAGGGGAGCCGGCCUCUGCUUCACUUUGGUUUCGGCACAGCAAGGCAGCCCUUCUUCUACAGGGUCCGGCAACACAGAGCAUUCCUGCAGCUCCCAGAAACAGAUCUCCGUCCAGCACAGACAGACACAGUCUGACCUCACGAUAGAAAAAAUAUCUGCAUUAGAAAACAGCAAAAAUUCUGACCUGGAGAAGAAGGAGGGAAGGAUAGACGACUUGUUACGAGCAAACUGUGAUUUGAGACGGCAGAUCGACGAGCAGCAGAAGAUGCUGGAGAAGUACAAGGAACGGUUGAACAGAUGUGUGACCAUGAGCAAGAAACUCCUUAUAGAAAAGUCGAAACAAGAGAAGAUGGCCUGCAGGGACAAGAGUAUGCAGGAUCGCCUGAGGCUGGGUCACUUCACGACGGUCCGGCACGGGGCCUCGUUCACCGAGCAGUGGACAGAUGGCUAUGCUUUCCAGAACCUUAUCAAGCAACAGGAGAGGAUAAACUCACAGAGGGAAGAGAUUGAGCGGCAACGAAAAAUGUUAGCCAAACGGAAACCGCCUGCCAUGGGACAGACCCCUCCCGCCAACAACGAGCAGAAACAGCGCAAAAGCAAGACCAACGGAGCUGAAAACGAAACGUUAACGUUAGCUGAAUACCACGAGCAAGAAGAAAUCUUCAAACUCAGAUUAGGUCAUCUUAAAAAGGAAGAAGCCGAGAUCCAGGCGGAGCUGGAGAGACUAGAGAGGGUUAGAAAUCUACACAUCAGGGAAUUAAAAAGGAUACACAACGAAGAUAAUUCACAAUUUAAAGAUCACCCCACGCUAAAUGACAGAUAUUUGUUGUUACAUCUUCUGGGAAGAGGAGGUUUCAGUGAGGUGUACAAGGCGUUCGAUUUAACGGAACAGAGAUAUGUAGCUGUGAAAAUUCACCAGUUAAACAAAAACUGGAGGGAUGAGAAAAAGGAGAAUUACCACAAGCACGCGUGUCGGGAGUACCGGAUUCACAAGGAGCUGGACCAUCCCCGGAUCGUUAAGCUGUACGACUACUUUUCACUGGACACCGACUCGUUCUGUACAGUAUUGGAGUACUGUGAGGGAAACGACCUGGAUUUCUACCUGAAACAGCACAAGCUAAUGUCCGAGAAGGAGGCCCGGUCCAUCAUCAUGCAGAUUGUCAAUGCUUUAAAGUACCUGAAUGAAAUCAAGCCUCCCAUCAUACACUAUGACCUUAAGCCAGGUAAUAUUCUUCUAGUCAAUGGUACCGCAUGCGGGGAGAUAAAAAUCACCGAUUUUGGCCUUUCCAAGAUCAUGGAUGACGAUAGCUACAAUUCAGUGGAUGGCAUGGAGCUGACAUCCCAGGGGGCCGGUACUUACUGGUAUUUACCACCAGAGUGUUUUGUGGUGGGAAAGGAACCUCCAAAGAUCUCCAAUAAAGUCGAUGUCUGGUCUGUCGGCGUUAUCUUCUACCAGUGCCUCUAUGGCAGAAAGCCCUUUGGCCAUAACCAGUCCCAGCAAGACAUUCUACAGGAGAACACCAUUCUGAAAGCUACUGAGGUGCAAUUCCCGCCAAAGCCAGUGGUCACCCCCGAGGCAAAGGCUUUUAUCCGACGCUGCCUGGCGUAUCGCAAGGAGGACCGUAUUGACGUCCAGCAACUGGCGUGCGACCUGUACCUGCUGCCCCACAUCCGGAAAUCUGUCUCCACCAGCAGCCCCGCGGGCGCUGCCCUGGCGUCUACUUCUGGGGCGUCCAAUAACAGCGCUUCGAAUUGAGGCGGACACUGGGCCAAAAACUGCUCCCCACCAACCACCGGGCCUCGAGGCCCCCAGACGGACUUGGGACACAGUGGGGGCCCCCCCGGCCGGCAGAAUCCCAUUGGACCUCCCGGAACCUGCACCAGGUGCUUUCUUUCCUUGCUUUGUUCCCAUCCAUAGAGCAUGACAGCCAUCAUUUCUCACCGAGGAGGGACUUCCGGCCCCCCACCCUCUGUGCCGGUCAAGAUUACCGGUCCAGAUCGCCGGCGCCGGCUGCUCUAAGGGAGAAAAGGCUACCGGAUUCCCGGACUGUGAACUGAAGAGCAGUGGGCUUGGGGGGCACUGACAGCAAGCGAGCAGCGCUUCAGAUGAAGAAUGUGGACUUGGCAUACGGACUGGGCUAGUCCAGGGCCUCUAUUUAAACUGGGUCUUUUCUUUUAAUAAAGUUGAGGUAACAUCUCCGGGGAAGCCCCACAGCACAAGGGUUCAGCUGGGGAUGGCAUUUGAGACUCUACCCUUUGGAGGAAAAUAAAAAAAGUUGCUAACGUCCGUUCAAGGCACUAGAGGUAGUGUUUUACCCCCUCAAAUGAUUUCAAUUUUUUUUUAAUGCAGCUUUCUCUCCUCCCUUCCCUCCCUUUUUUUUAUUUUGAAGAAAAAUAAAAACAGACUUUGGUCAUAAAGUGAAACCCGUAUUAGCAGGUACGUGGCAAAGUUCAUUCCAGUCAAAUGCAGCUUUCUCCUCCUCCUCCUCCUCCUCCUCCUCAUCGUCCUCCAUCUGGCGCGGCCUGUGUGCGAUCGAUUCCCUUCCUCUCGGCGGGGGAAGAGUUGAGUGGGAUUUGGGUUGAAGCACAGGUAGCAGGGCCCGGGAGGGUCUUUGCCGUCGGACAGAGAACUGGGUUGGAAGACCGCAGCGUGGAGCCUCUCUGGGUUUGCAACUGUUUCUCCACAACUUGGAACACAUGACGGUUGUCCCUUUUAAUUUAUUUGAAGUGCUAUUUUUUUAAAUAAAGGUUGGUCUGUCCAUGCAGUACUCUUGAAUUCUGUGAGUAUAGUAUCUGUUGAAUAUUCAAAAGGCAGUCAGAAAACGGGCUGGGAGCAACAUUUAGUUUGAAAGAUCAGUAGUUCUUAUACAUGAUCUUUCUGUGCUCACUAAACAUUGUACGUUUCUUGUUAACUUCGCUAUUAAAACUUGAGCAGCGCGUCA